AUGUCGUCGGGACUGACGAGACGUCGUGGAGCUGGUGGCGGUACAGCCACCGAAGAUGCCAAUGGAAUCAGUCGCUCCGGCUCAUCUCAGAAUGUACGCGACAGCGCCCCUGAGACGAGUUACGAGAAUAGCGAGAAUGGCCACAAGAUUGCAUUCGACCCGCGCGAUAUUAGCGAAAGCGCCGAGAGGAGUAAGCAGCCGAAACUAACCUUGAUGGAAGAGGUUAUAUUGCUAGGGCUCAAAGAUAAACAGGGCUAUCUCUCCUUUUGGAACGAUAACAUCAGCUACGCAUUACGCGGCUGCAUUGUCCUCGAACUCGCUUUCCGCGGUCGCAUCGCCAUGCAAAAGGAUCCCUCUAGACGGCGAUUUCCCCUAGCCGACCGGACAAUCGAAGUCAUCGAUGAUACCCUCACUGGCGAGGUGCUACUAGAUGAGGCUUUGAAGAUGAUGAAGCAGAGCGAGAAGAUGAGCGUAAGCUCGUGGAUCGACCUGAUGAGCGGCGAAACAUGGAACCUCAUGAAGAUCGGUUACCAACUAAAGCAGGUUCGCGAGCGUCUGUGCAAGGGUCUCGUCGAUAAGGGUAUCCUUCGCACCGAGAAGCGCAACUUCCUUCUCUUCGACAUGGCCACUCAUCCCGUCGCGGACGGCGGCGCGAAAGACGAGAUCCGACGGCGCGUUAGGAACGUUUUAACUCAGCGCACCGUCGUCUUGCCCGCCUCGCAGUUCCUGCCCGAGAAUCUCGAGUUCCGAUAUAUCCGUACCAUCUCGAUGGUUUGCGCCGCAUAUGCAGCUAAUGUCUUGGAGAACGCCUUGAGCACGCUAGGCCACGAGGCACGAGAGCGCGCCUUCACCCAGACCGACGAGCUACUCGCCGAGUACUCUCAGUUCCCCUUCGGAAGAAAGACCGGCUCUACUGGCAUCGGAGCUAACCUACCCCAAGUUAUUUCUGAGGAGGUGAAUAAUGCUAAGGAGAAGGAACUCCAACUCGAAGUCGUUGCCGCCUGCUUAAGCGUCUUCACUCGCCUCGACUCACUUCUAUAA